GUGAGAAGUAGCAUAGAACACCAGUCCAACUCCAAAACAGAAUCUUAGCUGGAUGCAGCUUCAUUGCACCACCAUCACCACCAACAACAGCAGACCAACUCCCCCCAUUUUUCUAAAACAACACCCUUUUCUCUCUUCCCCUUUCACUCCUAGAUUCAACCUUUUCACAUUUCUUAAUUCACAACACCCCCAACACCUUCUUCUCUCUCUUUCUGUCUCACCCUCACUGACAAACCACUACCACUGAAAAACUCUACACUGGAGACUCCUCUGCAACAAUGCCCUCCUCCUCCUUCUUCUUCCUCUUGCUCUUUCUGUUCUGCGCACUACCCUUUGUAGCCCCUAGCCGGCGGAUCCUCCACCAGCCGUUGUUACCCCAAGAUUCUCUUCCUCCUGCUCCGCCUCCGGCUCUGUCUCCGCCUUCUCUGCCUCCCAACCCGAAUCCCAAGUACCCAUUUUCAACUUCCAAUUCUACCCCUUCAGAUUCCCCCUUUUUCCCAACCUACCCCGCCCCGCCUCCUCCUCCCUCUUCCCCGGCCACAUUCGCCUCCUUCCCGGCCAACAUCUCCUCCCUCAUUCUCCCCCAGGCACCUGCCUCCAACUCCAAAUCCCACAAGCUCGUUGCCCUCGCCGUCUGCGCCUCCAUCUCCGCCGUCGUCGCCGUCGCCUCCGCCGUCUUCGUCCUCUGCCGUCGCAGGCGCAACAACAACCGCAACUUCCCCGAUGAGGACGACAAGACCUAUAGAUCCGAGCAGAGCAACCGCUUCUUUCAGGCCAGCAAUGCCCGCUCCAGCAGCGGGGCCCACAAGCUCCGGACCGGCUCCUCCACCAGCUCCGAGUUCCUCUACCUCGGCACGGUCGUCAACUCCCGCGGAAUCGACGAGCGCGUGAGCUCACGCGGCAGCGCCGUCGGCGCGUUGGAGAAUCGGAAGGUCGACUCGCCGGACCUCCAGCCGCUCCCGCCGCUGUCCCGGCAGUGCUCCAAGCUCAGUAACUGCACCAAUGCCGAACCGGCUCGGACCGGAGACGAGGAAGAGGAGGAGGAAGAAGAGUUUUACUCGCCGAGAGGAUCUUCCGGUGACCGUGAAAGCUUCAAUGGAGUUGGAUCGGGGUCUCGGAGACUAUUCGGCGCCGUGGUGGCCGGUGAUCUCGAGGAAAGAAACAGCGAAACGACGUCGUGCUCCUGCUCGUCUUCAAAUUCCGGUUCACCGGCCCGGUCACACUCUAUCAGUCUAUCUCCGGCGGUCAGUGUAAGUCCCAGAAGACCAUCACUACCCAAAUCUCCCGAGUCUUCUGUUAUGCAGCCUCUGCCUUCACAGCCACAGCCAGCUGAGCCUCAUUAUCCGACGCCGUUUGGUUUCGAAACGGUGUCUCGUUCCCCAUCUUCGUCGCCGCCGGUGAGACUACUGGAGAAUAUUCCGGAAUCCUCGCCGAGAAGGUCGAGCUUUUCGCAGCAGAAUCUGCGGUCGCCUUCGCUGAGUCCAAUGUCUUCGCCGGAGAGAGCUGUAGAGGAAUACCCAUCUGCAUCUUCGGAUCGAAACCCGGCCGGGUCUCCUUCAAUGUCUUCACUUACUUCGUCGCCGGAGAGAGAUUUGGAGAAGGAGGCAGACGCGUCUCUUAAAGUUUCUGUCUUUUCGAAUCAAAGUUCUCCAAUUUCUUUACCACCAAAAGCUUCAGCGUUUUCACUAUCUUCAAGUUGCUCGUCUUCACCGGAUAGAGUAUCAAAUGUUUCUGAUGAAAAGGCCAAGUCUCCUUCAGAUGGGUCUAUGUCACCGGAGAGAGAUUUGGAGAAGAGCCCAGUUGCAUCGCCAAGAACUUCAAAUGCUUCUGAUCGAUCAUUUAUUCAUUUGGAUCCAAAGAGGCAGUCUUUUUCGUCGGCUUCUUCAGUGUCUUCUUCACCGGAGAGAGAGUUGAGGAACAAUUCAGAUGCAUCACCGAAAGUCUCCAAUGUUUCUAAUCGUAUUGAAGAAUCUUCAUCUAGACUUAAUGGGGCUUUGAAGAUGCCUCUUUCGAUACCGCCACCUCCUCCGCCACCACUGCCUCCUUCACUAAGACUCUGGGAGACUCCAAGUCCUAAAACACCAGCUGGCCAACCAAUCUGUAGACCUCCAGCUCUUAUACCUCCUUCAAGGCCUUUUGUGUUUCAAAACCCAGGGAAGGUCUCUGUUUCACCAGUGCAGCUGCCACCGAGUUCUGCACCAUUGGAGCCUAUUGAGGAGACUCCGAAACCUAAGUUAAAGCCAUUGCAUUGGGAUAAAGUUAGAGCUAGCUCUGACCGUGAAAUGGUGUGGGAUCAGCUAAGAUCAAGCUCUUUCAAAUUGAAUGAAGAAAUGAUAGAGACAUUGUUCGUUGUAAAUACACCCAAACCGAAUCCAAAGGAAACAACCCCACGCUCAGUUAUUCCCUCACCUAAGCAAGAGAACAGAGUACUCGAUCCUAAAAAGUCCCAGAAUAUUGCAAUCUUGCUUAGGGCACUCAAUGUGACCAUAGAAGAAGUUUGUGAAGCGCUCAUAGAAGGUAAUGCAGAUGCUCUAGGAACUGAAUUACUUGAAAGUCUAUUGAAGAUGGCUCCAACCAAAGAAGAAGAGCGUAAGCUGAAGGAGUACAAAGAUGAUUCACCAGUUAAGCUUGGCCCUGCUGAGAAAUUUCUGAAAGAACUGCUUGAUGUUCCUUUUGCAUUUAAAAGGGUCGAGGCAAUGCUUUACAUGACUAAUUUUGAAUCUGAAAUCGAAUACCUGAAAAAGUCUUUCGAAACUCUAGAGGCUGCCUGUGAAGAAUUGAGAAAUAGUAGGAUGUUCUUGAAGCUUUUAGAGGCUGUGCUCAAGACUGGAAACAGAAUGAAUGUUGGGACAAACCGCGGUGAUGCCCAUGCCUUCAAACUUGACACACUCCUCAAGCUUGCUGACGUUAAGGGAGCAGAUGGGAAAACCACGCUUUUGCAUUUUGUUGUGCAAGAAAUCAUAAGAACUGAAGGUGCUCGUCUCAUUGGUGGUCAAACUUCAUCAAACACAGCUUUGAAUGAUGAUGCCAAGUGUAGGAGACUUGGUCUGCCAGUUGUUUCAGGUCUCAGUUCAGACCUCACUAAUGUCAAGAAAGCUGCUGCCAUGGACUCUGAUGUGCUUAGCGGUGAAGUUUUUAAGCUUUCUAGAGGUAUUAGUAACAUUGGGGAGGUUGUGCAAUUAGCUGAGACAAAGGUGUCAGGUGGAAGCAGCGGGAAAUUUGCAGAGUCCAUGACCAUGUUCAUGAAAAUGGCCGAGGAGGAGAUUAUAAGACUUCAAGCUCAAGAAAGUGUUGCUUUGUCCUUGGUGAAGGAGAUCACAGAGUACUUCCAUGGGAAUUCCGCUAGGGAAGAAGCUCACCCAUUUCGAAUCUUCAUGGUAGUGAGAGACUUUCUAACAGUUCUUGAUCGGGUAUGUAAGGAAGUUGGUCUGAUAAACGAGCGAACCAUUGUUAGUAAUGCCCAAAAGUUCCCAGUUCCAGUAAAUCCCAUGCUACAGCAACAAGUAUUUCCAGUAAACCCAAUGCUACCGCAAGUUCAUCCUGUAAACCCAAUGCUACCGCAAGUUCUCCCUGGAAUCCAUGGCAGGCAACCCUACGAUUCAUCCGAUGAUGAGAGUACGUAAUCUCCAUAGCAUCCGACUCAUUUGAGGAUAACAUUUUGGUUUUAAUUUAGCAAGAAAUGCCUGAAGUAGGUGGUUUCAACAGGCUGAAGCUUAGGAUUGUCCGGCCUGCCACGUUUAUAUAUAUAGCUUCUGGUUUUUCCCCCCCAAAAUUUGUACUUGUAAAAAGUUCAUGUAAGCGAUUUUGUGUUCUAUAUAGAUUAUAUACAGAGGAGAUUUUGUCUGGGAAGAAUAAUUUGUCCAGAACAUCAAUGGAAGUAAAAAUCCACAGCUGUAGAUAGUUUCUGUAAAGGAUCUGCAUUGUAUUAAAUGUUUAAAAGUACUGAUUCAAUCUCUAUA